GUUGCCUGCGAUCUUAGUAAUCUGGCAAGAUGUUUAAUAAGUCGCAGUUUGGCACUCCCACCUUCGGCAACACCAGCGGAUUCACCACUUCAGCAUUUGGACAAAAUACCGCAACUCCAGGCUUUGGUGGAUUUGGUGCGGCCACAGCUGGAUUUGGUACUGCCACUAAUGCCGGUGGUGGACUCUUUGGUAACACUCAAAACAAGCCAGGAGGUCUAUUCGGCUCCAGUAGUUUUGGGCAGCCGGCAACCUCGUCCACCAAUGCUGGCUUUGGUUUUGGCACGUCAACGUCCAACAGCCUGUUCGGGGGCACGAGCACAGGGGGCCUGUUCUCCAAUCAGCAGAGCAAGCCUGCUGGAGGCUUCGGAACUUUUGGAACCAGCACGACAGGAGGUGGCCUGUUUGGGACCACCAGCACUGCCUCUAAUCCGUUCGGUGGGACUUCUGGAACCUUGUUUGGGGGAACCACCUUUAGCACUGCUGCCCCUACUGGAACCACUGUUAAAUUCAAUCCUCCAACAGGCACUGACACAAUGGUAAAGUCUGGAGUCAGCACCAACAUUAGCACCAAGCACCAGUGUAUCACAGCCAUGAAGGAAUACGAGACCAAGUCACUGGAGGAGCUGCGUUUGGAGGAUUACACUGCUGGCCGUAAAGGGCCUCAGGCUCCCCUAGGGGGUGGUGGUGGUCUGUUUGGCACUUCAACCGCUACAUCCAGCACUGGCACUGGGCUGUUUGGAGCCACUCCAGCCAACCCGACCGGAGGCUUCAACUUUGGACAGAACAAAACUGGCUUCGGAGCAAACACUGGUCUCCUUUCCCAAGUGGGUGUGCUGGGGACAGUCUGUGGGUCCAGUCUUCAAAAAACAGGUACUGGUGCUUUCGGCACAGGCACGGGAGGCCUGUUUGGUCAGCCACAGCAGCAGGCUAGCACAGGCCUCUUUGGGAACAAACCUUUCGGACUGGCCACCACCACACAGAGUACCGGCUUCGGUUUCGGCACUGCCAACACCCUGGGUCAGCCCAACACCAGCAGCAUGAGUUUAUUCGGAACUGCCCCAGUCUCUCAGUCGGGAGGGAUUUUUGGAACCAACACCAACACCAGCACCGGGAAUGCGUUUGGCGCAGGGGGUGGCCUCUUUGGCAAUACCAAUGCUGCUUUCACCAACGUCAACAAUAGCCUGUUUACUAACAAACCUGCUGGAUUUGGAACUGCCACAACAAGCGCUUCCACCUUCGGCACUGCUGGUGCUGGCCUGUUUGGUACUAAGCCAGCCCUGACUAUCGGAGCCAGUGCCAAUACGUCAAACUUUGGAUUUGGAGCAAAUACAGCAACAGGUGGUCUGUUUGGGAAUAAACCUGCAACUGGAGCUCUCGGAACAACCCUUGGAGGUGGAUUUGGAUCAGCUCUGGGUGCUGGGCAGACGUCCUUGUUCGGAAGCACUCAGCCCAAACUGGGCACCACUCUUGGAGCAGGAACAUUUGGAGCAGGAGCCUUCAAUGCACCCAGUGCCGGUGUGGGAUUUGGAGCACCUCAGGCUCCUGUCUGCUUGACUGACCCGAAUGCCUCCGCCACACAGCAGGCUGUUUUACAGCAGCAGCUUAAUGCUCUGGCCUACACCCCAUUUGGAGAUUCUCCAUUGUUCAGAAAUCCUAUGGUUGAUCCAAAGAAGAAAGAGGAGCGAUUGAAGCCCACAAAUCCAGCAGCGCAGAAGGCACUGACUACCCCCACCCACUACAAGCUGACUCCCCGCCCUGCUACCAGAGUACGGCCAAAAGCUCUGCAAGCCACUGGGUCCUCCAAGUCUCAGCUCUUCGAUGGACUGGAUGAUGAUGAACCUACAUCUCUAUCGAAUGGCACCUUCCUGCCCAGGAAGAGCAUCAAGAAACUGGUACUGAAGAGCAUGAAUAACUCUACUUUGGGCUCACCUGUACUCUGCAAGGAACCAAACGACCUGGCCUCACCAUCAGACUAUCCAGAGAAUGGAGAGAAUGAGCCAGAAUGCAGGUUGGAGAGAGAGGAUGAUGACCAGCAGGUGAAUAAAUGCUACACCAACACCAUAGUCAAACCAAUCCCACAGACACCCGAGGGAGUAAACAGCAAUAGACACCAGAACUCUGCCAUGGAUGAUACCAUCACUGAGAUGAACUUAAGGAACAACCUGCGAAAUGGCACAUUGGAAGGGACCAGUGAAGAUCCAUGCUACAUCGAUGGGUCCCUGAAUGAGGAGAGGGAGUCUGAGAUCAAUGAUAAUUUGCCGCCUCAUCCAGCAGGCAUAGUGCUGACUCGAGUCGGUUACUACACCAUCCCUUCCAUGGACGAACUGGCCCAACAAGUGAAUGAGAACGGAGAAUGUAUCGUGGAGAACUUUACCAUUGGCCGCAAAGGUUACGGUUCUAUAUACUUCCCUGGCGUUGUGAAUCUCACCAACAUGAAUUUGGAUGAGAUUGUGCAUGUCCGCAGGAAGGAGGUGAUCGUCUACCUGGAUGAUGAGAAAAAGCCCCCAGUGGGUGAGGGCCUGAACAGACGAGCUGAGGUAACGUUGGAUGGAGUCUGGCCUACUGACAAGACCACUCGCUGUCUGAUCAAGUCACCUGAACGCCUGAUGGAGAUGGGUUUUGAGGAGAGACUGGAGAGUUCAUCGCGCAAGCAGGGCGCUCGCUUCCUGGAGUAUAGGUCCGAGACUGGUUCCUGGGUCUUUGAGGUAACACAUUUCUCCAAGUAUGGGCUCCAGGAUUCAGAUGAGGAGGAUAGUGAGCUGCCUUCAAAAGCUGAAACAAAGAAGAUGAAAACAGCGGCUCUUCCUGAUCAGGCAGCACAGGUCUGCAAACCAGUCACCACUCUGCAGCUGGAGAGCCCAUUGAUGCAGCAGGUGGGGCGUGUGAACGAGCUUGAUAGUGACAUGGCUGACAUCACCCAAGAGCCCAUGCCGGACAGUUUCCUGGAUGAGGACAUCAGUGAGGACCAGGACCCUGUGUCGGCCUCCAGUAACAUCGCAUCCAGCUUGGGCAUCAACCCGCACUCUCUUCAGGUAAUGAAGGCCUCGCUGUUUAGUGAAGAUGAGGAAGUAGAUAGAAUUCAAAAUCAGCACUUUAAACAUUUGACAAAUGAAGAACAUUGCCUGCGAACAUUACCACGACAGAUCUUACUAAGGCAUGGUGAAAGAUCAAAAAGCUCAGGUGGAGGUAUGUUUAAUUGCUCCUUUGUCAAAAAGCUCCUGCCUUUCAGUGUCCAUCAGGAGUCGAGGCAGUACCACGCUCCGACCACUCUGGAGAUUCGUCGCUCACCGCCCCAUCAUCCCUGGCCAGUGGCAGGCCAGCUGCCCUCUGUGUUCACUGUGCCCACCCAGCUGCCAGAGUUGCAGCUGAAGACUGUGGGAAUUAGGCGACACCAGAGACUGGUGCCAAUGGAGCAGUCGGUUACCAACGGCAAAGGGAAGCUUCUGAUGGAUAUGGCCCUUUUUGCUGGUCGCUCGUUCCGAGUGGGCUGGGCACCCAACUGCACACUCUGCCACAGUGGGGAGCUGCUGAGUCAUGUGACAGAAUGUGAUACUGACCCAUGCGAUGUGGAGUGUAACUUCUUUCCAAAACCAGCAAAGAUCAAACAUGUUUCAGAGCUUCCUUUCAAGGUGCAUGUGGAGAAGGUGAUGUUGAAGGACGAGGGAGUGAGACAGGAUUUGUCUCUGUAUACGGAGCAGCUGGAGAUCGCUCUGCGCCACAGCCACGUGGGUACAGAGGAUGACUGUCCAUUUGCUGAACCUGAGCAGGGGGUGGAAGCGCUGCACGAGUAUGCAGCUUGGAUCCAAGAAGUUGAAGACAGGAGUGAAGAGACAGAAGGUAUUGUGAGAAGCUGGUCGUUAGCAUGGACGCUGUGUGAGGCUAUCUGGGGUAACUUAAAGGAGCUGGAAGCUGCCUUUUCUGAGCCAAGUCCAUACAUCCAGCAGCUGGAGCGCAGGAAAGCAUUCUCCCAUUGGCUGUCUCGGACUGCGGAGGAGAGGAUUGAGGAGGAGGUGGCUGUGUCUUGUCACAAGAGUCACGUCGAUGCUGUCUUCAGCUAUCUCACCGGGAAGAGAAUCAGCGAGGCAUGCAAACUUGCACAGCAGUCGGGGGAUCACAGGCUAGCCCUGCUGCUCGCUCAGGCUGCUGGAGGUCAGCAGGUCAGAGAGCUGCUAAACCUGCAACUUGCUGACUGGAGCCAGAUGAAGGCUGACCCCUUCAUCCAGGAGGAGAGGCUGAAGAUAUUUGCACUUCUGGCUGGGAAAGCAGUGUGGAUAUCUUCAGAGGGCUACAUUAACAUCUGCUCGCAGUUGGAUUGGAAACGCUGUCUGGCCGUCCACCUCUGGUACAUGCUGCCCCCCAGAUCCUCCAUUGCUGAUGCUCUCAAUAUGUACAGUGAAGCCUUUCAGGGCAGUGAAGAUGUCCAGAGGUAUGCGCGAUAUCCACUGCCCCCUUACCUGGAAGAUACUAAGGCUGACCUGAUAGAAGCUUCUGAAAAUGAAGAGGAAGCUGGCCCCCAUCAGGACAUCUGUUACCAUUUACUGAAGCUGUACAGCGACAGAUACUAUGAGCUCCACCCACUGCUCAAUCCCAGGACAGUGACACCUGACCACUUGGAUUACAGACUGAGCUGGCACCUGUGGAUGGUGUUGCAGGCAAUGAACUACACUCACCUAUCAGAGAAACAUCAGGCCAUGGUGCACACCAGCUUUGCUGCUCAGCUCGAGGCAGUCGGCCUCUGGGAAUGGGCAAUCUUUGUGCUACUGCACAUUCCUGAUUCUCAACAGCGAGGGAACGCAGUGCAGGAGCAGCUAAACCGACAUUGCACGCUGGAUGAGACAGAAGAGCAGAAGGAGAAAGAGUUGUUUCUGCAGGAGAAGCUCGGUAUCCCAUCGGCGUGGAUCCACAAUGCCAAAAGCCUGAGGGCUCACCGAGAUGGUGAUAUCCACAAAGAGGCACUUCACCUGAUCGAGGCAGGCCACUGGAACAAGUGCCACCAGCUGGUGGUCAGGCAUCUUGCAUCAGAUGCCAUCGUUAAUGAGAAUUACAGCUACCUGAAAUAUUUCCUGGGGAAGCUGGCCAUUCCAGAGUACAGCUUACAGAUACAGGACUGGGACACAGCUGGAGCCGUCUUCUACGACUACAUUCGCAUCAUGGAGACGGUGCGGGGAAUUGGCGAGGUGGAGAAUCCAACUUACGAGCUGGAGAAAAUCCAUACCGAGGUGAUGUCCCUGUGCAGCCGGAUAGAACUGAUCGAGUGUUUCUCGGCUAAAGAUCGACUGGCUCAGUCUGACAUGGCUAAACAGAUCGCCAACAUGCUGCGCACUGUGCUCGGGCUACAGCACAGUGCAGAGUCACCUGGGGACAAGGCCCCCAGCCUCCAGCACGUUCCCCUCCGCCUGCUCGCCCCUUACAUCCGCAAGCUGCCCAUGCCUGAAGACUAUGCCCUGGAGGAGCUGCGCAGCCUGACUCAGAGCUACCUGCGGGAGCUGAUUGUCAGUCCUUAGCCUGUUGCCCUGCGGACAUGAUGAGGAAACAGUUCAGACACAAUCUCUGCCAGAAGAUUGCACCUGCCUCUUUGAGCUAAAGUUCCUCUGACACAUAGCGUGAGACUUGGAUUCUUCACUAGUUGCUGAUGCACGGAGGAACUGUUUCAAGACCUUUGUGCGAACCUGGCAAGGCAGCUUCCUGAACACGGCUUGUGUCUCAUUUAAGAGAGAGUUACAAGGAGCCAUGUGACUCGCAUGUUGUUGGGAUUUUAUGGCUUUUCUUUCUAUUUUAAUACUUCUAUGUUAAGUAAUUAACUGGACUUGCAAUGUUAAUGAAAGAUCAGCAGUGACUCCCUUUCUUUCCCCCCAAAAGAAAACACUUGUCAAUACUGGGUGCUGAGUUUGCUUAAAGCCAUCUAGUUAAAUAUGCAGUCGCUUUGAAGGAUUGAACCCAAUAAACGUUGUUUGUUUUUUUUUAAAGUUGCAUUUUGCACUGCUGCACGAUGUAAAAGUUAAAAGUAUAUUGGGCAUACGUUGGAGGGUCCCUCUGUGGUAUACAGCAUCUCAACACUAGAUGAGUCUAAGUUAGCCGUCUUGCAGUUCAGUAACCAUUCCCCUCAAACGAUUGCUAGUCCCCAACAGAUCAGGAAACUGCUGUGCUUUUGAGGUUCAGUUUAGUGACAAAGGAUCAGAGAAACAGCUUGAAUUUGCUUGUUUUGAACUACAGCUUUCAACACACUCGUUUUCCCCACCCGUCAGAAAGGCCUGGAUCUGCUUCAGUAAAUGUAGGUGUGCUUUCAGAGAGCUGUGCUUUGCUGGUAUUCCUGUGAUGCUCUGGUUGCUGCAAUCUGUCUGUGCAGUGGGAUAUGACAACUGUGGGGUUUAAAUAUUCUGUUGGCAUGUCUCUGGACCCUAUGAUUUUCUGUUCUUCUAUCCCCUUUGCCCACUCUCCAGGCAAAGAGAGAAAUUAAUCAUCUGGUCAGUGUCCAAGAGAAUGCGUAUGGGGUCGGUGUUUAUUUCCUUCUGCUCUGUCCCUUGCAUGUGACCUGCCUGGGGAGAAUACAGACUGGAGCUCACUUUUAUCCCAAGCCUAGUCUGAGCUGUAGUUUUUGAACACUUUGUGUAAACUCCCACUGAAUCCCACCCCCCACCCCAUGUGGGUUGGCCCAUGUAUGGGAGGCACACGCAGCAUUGGAGAGCUUGGCCCAGCUGUCAUUAGGGUUAAGCCAUGCACCAUUUCCUGAGGAAAGGUUUUGGGUUUGAACAGUCCAGUUGUUGGAUGAUGAAUGUUAAAUGCAUAAGAACUUGAAUAAUGUUUACAUAACUAUCUGUAAUAUCGCAGUGUAACAGGUAAGAAACAGAGAUUCUCUCCCCAACCUACAGCUGAUCUUGAACAGUGUUGGGUUAGAUUGACCUGCCAGUGUGGGAAUUAUCAACUAUCUAAAUAUAACCGUGGCUUCUUCACUCAAACACAACUAAUUUUAUAUCUCUUUUACAAAUGGAAUUGUAGGCAACUUAAAGGUCCCCAAGGAGAAACCAGUGAUUUUUUAGUUUUCCAAACCGAUUUAUCUUUCUCCUGCUAUGUUCUAAUGCCCUUAUCACUGCUGUGCAUUGCAAUAGUGACCUGUUGAGCCUAGGCUGUGAUGGAGUGGGCCCCUAAAAACCCUAGGCAUGGAGGUGGAGUUGGGGAAAUGACCACUUGGGCUUCCAGCUCCUGAUGGUGCCUGGUGUGUUCAGCUUGGUCCCCACUGUCCCUCUCUGCUUCACUGGGGAGGUUUAGCUCAUGUGGACCUGAGUGAAGCAGUGCGGGAGGAGAGGUAGCCUGGUGUAAGUGCUCAUUAAACAGUAUGACUAUCAACAACAUUGCCCAAAUAUUACAACAUUUUAUUCAUUUAAUGUAUUAAAUAUAAAUCAAACCAGCUGGUAUUGCCAGUCAUUCCUCUCAAAUGUUGUGGACGAUGAGCCCUGAGGAACUUUUGAAGAUUUUCAGGGGGAAGAAAUUUCUCUGCUUUUCUUCCUGUUCCUAAGCCCUGAAACCUCAUUGUAAACACCACCAAAACCAACCCUAUCCAGAACAGUGACACUGAUUUCCAGGAACAUGUGCUUUAAUGUUUUAGAAGAGUAGGGGAUCACCUGAAGGCAGAAAGACUCCACAAAUGAACCUGAGAGACUGUGUGUGGAUUCAGUAACAGCAGCACUGGGCUAACUGGUGAAGCCAUGGGGUCAAGGGGAAAUCGUGGAAGUUUACUACUUGAUUUUAUUUGAAAAGAUUAUCACCGGGGAUAACCAUGUUAUUUAGUCCUGAAAUCCUUUGGAAGCUUUCUUCCCCCUCUAGGCUCUGAAACUGGUGAAGUUUCUCCCUUGUUGAGAUUUUGCCAGUGUGACACUGGGGAUUCACUGACGACACCGUGGAUUUUUCCACUACCCCUUUUUGCUGUCCAACUACCCAGGACCAGCUUUGUUUGAGGAAGAGGGAAAGGGGCUGAGAGCGAGAGACCAGCUCCAAGGUAUCCAGUAAUCUCAUGUUCAUGUAAUAUCUGGGGUAACUGUUGGGAUAGCUGCCGGUGAUACUGUGCACCACAGAUUUAAUUCUGGAUGUUGUACUCUAGGCAAGAGCAGCAUCAUGCUGCCGAUCCAAGUGACAGUGUGUAAAGGAUGGAAUAUUGUUUCCUGUGACCUCACGUGAGGGUGUGUGUGUGUGUCUAUGUGUGUGUGUGUGAGAGAGAAAGAAAGUGUAUUCUUCGCCUGGCAGAGUACAAGAAAUCAAAAUGUCCCCAGGUACUUUCUCACUGUACAAUGCUUUCUGGAUUUUGUUACUAUAUUCUAAGCAAGGGUCUUCACCCUUUGUCUGUUAGUGGGAGUGAGAGAGUGUGUCUUGUGAUAAUUUGCAUUGAAAUUUUUUUUAAUAUUAAAACAAAUUGAAAAUAAAGUAAAUUCUCAUAGACUGAGUAUUCUUUUUAACCAUUUUUCUGUGGGAGCGGGGGAAACAUGCUGUAUUUUUUAAUAAAUGUGCAAAUUUCAAUGAA